AUGAACGACCGAUACCUGAGGGACAUAAUUCUCAACUUCAUGAUCGCCGGGAAAGACACCAGCGCCGGCACGCUGUCUUGGUUCUUCUACAUGCUCUCCAAGAAACCUCUUGUCCAACACAAAUUAGCGCGUGAAGUCGACGAGGUGGCCGGCGGCAAUAAUAAUAAUAAUAAUAAUGCAGUACUAGAUGGAACUACUGGUAUUGUUCACGACUUCAUUCAAGGCAUAACCGACACGACACUGGACAAAAUGCCAUACCUGCACGCUGCACUUACGGAGACCCUCAGGCUCUACCCUGCUGUCCCAAUAGACGGUAGGUGUUCGGAAGCGGAUGAUAUUCUGCCGGACGGGACGAGGGUGAAGAAGGGGGACUUGGUCAACUACUUGGCCUACUCCAUGGGUAGAAUGAGCUACAUUUGGGGGGAUGACGCACAAGAUUUCAGGCCCGAAAGAUGGCUCAACGACGACGGAGCUUUCCAACCACAGUCUCCCUUCAAAUUUGUCGCAUUUCACGGUGGUCCUAGGAUAUGCUUAGGCAGAGACUUCGCUUAUCGGCAGAUGAAGAUCAUUGCGGUGGCGCUGCUUCGCUACUUCCGAUUCCAACUGGGAGGCCAUGAUAAUGUGACUUACAAGACUAUGUUUACCCUUCACAUCCAUGGAGGUCUCUAUCUCUGUGCCACUCCAAGGCCCGCACCCUGACAGACUGACACAUUAUAAUAUAUUAUUGUCGCUGUCGUCUAUGUUUUAUUUAUAUCCUAAUGCUACCUAAAACCGUUCAAGUUAAGGAAAAAGGGACCGCGAGCUCAA